CACACGCCUUUACCAACCCAUGUGACGUGCUCUCCAAUUCCAUCCAAAUUUUGCAAAAAUAUUAUCACACAACACCUCAAAAGUGCUCUCUUUUUAACCUAUCCUUUUUCAUCAAAAUAUAUUUAAUUUCGGUUCCUUAGAUAGUGAUACUUACUACUUUAUUAUUAUGGUUAUAAGUUUUGUGGCUCUAGCUUCUGUGUUUCCGCGUUUUCAUGAUAAAUUGUCAAUUCACACAACUCAUAAGUCAUAAGCUUCUAGUUGUAAGGUAAGACUUUUUUCUUAGAAGAAAACAUUAGGCUUAUAUUUUUGGGGGUCUAAAAAAAUAGUACCAAUAUCAUUGAAACGUUAGUUUCAAUAAAUUUGGAAGGAAUAGAUACUCCUUGAUUCUAAGAAGCUGCAUGGUCCAUCCUCUUGUGGUUUAAACUUUAAAGUUUAGCAAACUCCUAGGAAAUUACUAGGUAACAAUAUUGUUGUCGGAUACUAGUUCUUUUACUUCCUUAAAAACUCCGAAAUUUUUUCAUAGCUUUCAAUUACAACCGAAAAAUUUUAGCCUUUAAUUUUGGUUCCUAGCUAUUUAGUUUUAUUUUUAUGAUAGUAUAUAGUAUAUUUGAUAGUAUGAAGAUGUGAAAUUUCUCACACAAAAAAAAAAAGGCUCAAUGUAUUCUCGUAGUUUAUGUAUUACUCUAAGCCUUGUGUUUGGGUUCAUUGUUUUGAUGGCAUUUGCACACAUUUUCUACUUCUUAUGGUGGAAAAAGAGAAGAACACACAUAGAUAUUGAAAUGGAACAGAGUAAUUAUGCAAAAGGGGUGUUUUAUUGGGGGUGUUGGAAGAAAACACCAUGUUCUUUGCAUGCAACAAACACUAGUGAAAGUGUGAUUAGAGAGAAAGAAGGUACAAAUCAAGAACAUGAUUUGGAAUUAGGUGUUGAUGGAAAAGAUUUGCUUUUGAAAUCCAAUGGUGAAGAAAGUUUGGAAGUAGAAUUGAUGAGGUUGCAUAAUCUCCCUGGUCCACCAAGGUUUUUGUUCACAAUCACAGAAGAAACAAAAGAAGAUUUGGAAUCUGAAGAUGGUAGAUCAAGGUGUGGUAGAAGCAGAAAAGGGUCUAGAACAAAGAGUUUAAGUGAUUUUAUUGAUUCUCCUAUGAAGUGUUCUUUAGACCCUCUUGAAUCUUAUAAGCAUCAAGGGUUCAAUCCUCUCUUUGAAGUCUCAGCAGAAUCUGAAUUCAACAGGUUUAGAUCUUCUCCACCACCAAAGUUCAAGUUUCUAAGGGAUGCAGAGGAGAAAUUGUAUAGAAGAUUGAUGGAGGAAUCUAAAAGAAAAGCACUAGAGGAAAAUCAUGGUUCUGUUUCAGAAUUUGAGGUUAAAAAUUCACUUAAUGUAACAAAGGCUACAACUACAAGUUCAUCUCAGGUUCUUCCUUUGACAUCUUCUCCUACAACAUUCAAACCACAUGAAAAUUCAUCCAUGGUGCAUUAGAUCUAUACAAUUAGGCGUCUGAUUUUUUUUUAUAUUUUUUUACCUUAUGUUAGAUUAAUUUUUCUAAAUGACUCAUUUGCUAGUUUUUACUAUUUUUUAAUGUUUUAUGAAGAAGUUGGUUUCUUUAGUUAUUUUAUGUACCUCUAUUAUUUGUUCUCUUAAAUUAUUGCUGGUUGCUAUGAUUAAUAUGCUGCAAAUUUGCGGAUGUUAUGCCAACAAA